CCGGAAGAGAAGUAGGUUCUUUCCUCAGCCAUCUUGUGGCAACAUCUAGCGAAGUGUUCGCACCAAGCCUCGUAGAAUCGGAGGAAAAUCCUGCUUAAGGGGCGCCAUCAUGCCCGGACAUAUGCAAGAAGGUUUCGGCUGCGCCAUAGCCAACCGAUUCGACCAACUAUUUGACGACGAGUCGGACCCGUUCGAGCUGUUGAAGGAGGCGGAGAACAAGAAGAAGGAGGCUCCUGUCCCUGGUGCCGCCAAGACCGCGGCGCAAGUUGCCAAGCUCCAGAAAAAGGAGUCCCAGAAAGACAGGAAGGUCGUCCCUGCAGAUAAGAAAGAUGAGCCUCUGGCACCGGUGACUCUGAAGAAAGAUGGACCUGGUCCCAGGAGGAUGGGUCCCAGACGCGAGGGUCAGGGCCCCGCCGGGGGUCCACCCCGUGAGGGCCAGGGCGAGGGCCGCCCCCCUACAGACAGACCCCCCCGGACAGACAGGCGGCCGCCACGCCGUUUCGAGAGGCCCCCCGGCGGAGAAGAUAAGCCAGCCGAGGGAGGAGAGUUCUCUGUGGAGAAGCCCAUUGGUGAUAGGCAGAUGAGAGGACGUGGAGGUGGCCGAGGUGGUAUCCGUGGCGGCAGGGGCCGGGGCAUGGGCAGGAGCGACGGCUUCGACGCCAGAGGAAAGCGUGAAUUCGACAGACACAGCGGCAGUGAUCGAUCCAGCCAGAAAGGUGAGGAGAAGCGUGGAGGAAGUGGAUCUCACAACUGGGGCACCGUCAAGGAUGAGAUGGGCGAGCACGACCAAUCGAACGUGACCGAGGAGACCCCCGAGGGAGAGGAGCCUCGGCCUGCUGACUCUGAGAACAAGGAGAACGAAGUUGGUGAACCUAAGGAAGUGGAACCCAAGGAGAUGACUCUGGAUGAAUGGAAGGCCCAGCAGGACAAGGAGAAAACCAAGGUGGAGUUCAACAUCCGCAAGGCCAACGAGGGAGCCGACAGCCAGUGGAAGAAAGGAUACGUGCUGCACAAGUCCAAGGACGAGAAGAAAGCUGAUGCUCUUAUUGAAGCUGCGGUGGAGGCUGAGGCAGUUGCCCCUAAGGCUGAGGACGAUCACCACUUCCGGAAGCCGGCCAAUGACAUCACAGCCCAGCUGGAGAUAAACUUUGGGGACCUUGGACGCCCCAGCCGUGGUCGUGGUGGGCCCCGUGGUGGCAGGGGGAGCCGAGGGCGCGGAGAGGGCAGAGGAGAGUUCCGUGGAGAGUUUCGUGAGCGUGAGCCCAGGGAGCCCCGCGAGCGUGAUACUGGAGCCCCCACCAGGCCGACCCGUGGAGGACGCACUGACAAGCCGAGCGGGGUGAUUGUGCCCAAUGUGGAUGAUCCAGAGGCCUUCCCGGCCCUGGCCUAAGAUGGAGCGGCUGCCCCAUAGGCCCCCAGGAGCCCUUAGCAGUCCCCCCAAGCAGACCCCUAGGCCCCUCUACGAGGCUCGCAUGUUUCUGGAUCCUUCAGCAGAAAUGGUAUGAUGGAGAUGACCGUCAUCGCUCAUGACACUCGCAUCUGAGGACUGAAUUUUACCCGUUUUGGAAAAAAGAAGAGGGGGYAAAAAUACGGAAAAGAAAAAAAACAAAGAAAAAAGAAAAGGACUUGUUGCUACUUCCGGAGGUUUUGUACUUAGAAACAAGGUAGCAGGGACGUUUUCAUACGGUAUUUUUUUCAGAGAUUAUGCGUUCUUCAUGAAUAGUUUUUUUUGUAUUGCUGCUUGAAAAUAUGCAUUUCCAAAUAUAAGGUAUGAGAAGAGUUAUCCUUUUAGCUUGUGGUGUCCCAUAGCUGUGGAGGGAUGGAACCGAAGCCAACUAGCUCUUACCAUACUGGGUAUUUCUGAAGAAGUUUCUGCAUCAUCACUCAGUGAGAUUUUAAGGACUGCUUUAGUUCUAGGGUUUUAUGUAUUAUAAUUUUUUUAAAGUAAGGCCUAGACCUCUGAUGUAGGCCUGUAAAAUUAUACUUUUUUUUCCAUGGUAAGAGCUCUUCGAGUGUGAUUGUAUUUCUGAUGGUGCAGAUAAGGACAUGCCUUGAUCGUUGAUCUAGUGAUUGUACCUACACCCAACAAAUUGUUAGAAUAGAGCCUAAUUCACUUAUGUAUUAAAAGGUAUUUUGUAUAGAAAAGAGUUUCCAAAUGACUCAAUAGAUCACUUGCAGGGGGAAGGAAUACUUCAAUUAUUUAAUAUGUAUCACUGACAUCUUUGAUCGUGUGGCUCKUAAAGGUGAACAUUGUACUGUUUCGGUACAAUGUACACACUCUUGGGCUGUGUCUCAAUGGUGUACCAUGGCUUCCUCUCCUUGUUUCGUUGAUACUGAUCUGGAAACACAGUUAACAUAUUAGUUCAGGUCCAAGGAAAGAAGAGGAAGCCAAUUUUAGUCUAUUGAGCUGUGACCUCGGUCAUUUGGAAGCCUUCAGGCCUUGCACUGUUUUAACACUCCACUCCAGGGCAGAGUUCAGCAGGGCACCGUGUCACGCAAUGUUAAAAUAUAAAUAUACCUAAUUAUAACAGAUGUGCUCUUCUGAAAUGUAGAGUAAGAAGUCAUGUCAGCUCUACUCUUGGCAUUUCUAUCUGCAACGCUCUGUACAUCGCACCCUGCUGAACGGGGCCCAGUAUACUGAUACAAUUGUGAACCUGCUCCUGCAGUAUUUCCUGUGGUGGUUGAAUAUCCUCCAUUUUGAUUUUUACCUCUGGUUCCCUACUGCGGCACUACUGCGUAAUUGCUCUGAAAGAAAUACAGUUGUGUGUGUGUGUGGAUCAGCCAAAUGCUCUACAGAUCUGUGUGAACUCUAACCCUGCUAUUAUAGACCUCUGUCGGUAAAUAAAGAAGGUCGAUUCAU